UAUAACUGAUGGGUUUCCUCAUAUCCCGAGGCAGAACGGUUUCGCAAGCGGAGCAGCAACACAAUGCGCUUCCUCCCCGAGACACUUCGUUCCUGCUGCUUUACAGGCGACCGUGUAGCAACCACAGAUAACGACUCGACACUAUGAGCUUGUGGCGGAGUUUUAACGACCAUGCUGAUAAAGGUCGCGGGGGCUUCGCUCAGAUUUCCAUUUCAAAUUUGUCGGUUUCUUGGCUUUUCACAGACUGAAACUGCAUAGGUUCAUUAACUGGCCUAAUAAUGCAGACUAAUCUGCUUAUGAUCAUAAUUCUCCAAGCUCUAUCUAAAGCCUCCGCCAUAUCAGGACUGGAGAAGUGUGACGUUUUUCCAAGCAACCAACUGAUCAAAUAUGGGUCGGACCUCGGGGUCUUAUUCCGAGCUCCACCUAACAGUGACUGCCGUAAAAUGACCAGUUUUAAUACCAACAGAUUGUACUGGACGCUGAACAAUCAGAGGAUCGCAAAGAGCUUUUAUCAUUCCAACUCCACCUUUGCCUCUGUCUUCAUUCCAGAUUUCACUUUGGCAGUCGGGAUAGUUGAAUGCCAUUUGGAUGAUGUUGUGUUAGGUGGUACAGUCAUACGGACGUACUCGGGUCCUGAGAAUGUGUCCUGUAUUGGUGAAGAGCUGCCAUUUUUGUCCAUCCGUUUGACCUGCAAAUGGGAUCAUAACCAAAACGGUGUGAACACCAACUACACAGUCCAUGUGAAACAGAAGGGUAAUGAGUUGUUCUGCCAAUCCAGAAAAAUGAAAUGGUGCACAUUCUCGGAUUCAGUAGUACUGAACGCGAUGAAUGUAACUGUGACGGCUCAAACUUCAGCUGGAGAAGCUCGCUCAGAAGUUACCUAUAAUAGUGUUUGGGAAAUUUUAAAACUAGAUCCACCAAGAGACGUGCAAGUGAAACCGGAGCUGUCUGGUCUCAGUGUGACGUGGUGGAGUAACAAAUGGGCUCUGGAUUUCAGUAUCUGUGAAGUGCGUUUCCUUGAAAAGGGCUCUGAGCCUGUGGUGAAAACCGUGGAGAAAACCUCAAAGAGUACUUUUGACCUGACUGAGGUGAAACCAUGUACCAGCUACACCAUCUCAGUGCGCUGUAGGAUUAAUGUCUGGAGCGAAUGGAGUCAGACUGUAACACACCUCACCUCUCUCAAUGUCAGUAAUGUACAGCUCCAUCUUUGGAGAUCUAAAGGUGUGGUGUAUGACCAGGGGAAGAGGGCAGUACACCUUAUGUGGAAGGGAAUCAAUCCAUUAUGUAAAGCAUUUGAUGAGUAUCGUCUCUUUAACCACACGCCUAAUUUAGUUACGUCAAGAAGUUUUAAGCCAUCUGAGAAUCAUACGGUUAUUAUUGUAGAUGAAAAUGCACACAGAGUCACUGUGGCUGCAUUCCGUAAUAACAAAAGCCUCAGUGAAGCGUCCAUGGAAAUUCCUUCCACAGCAGAAGAGUUCAGUUUGCCUCCAGUUGAUAAUGUCAACAUGUUUGCCCGGGAUGGUCAAAUUCACAUUGCGUGGGACAAGCCGUACCUCGCUGUCACUGGCUAUAUAAUCAUCUGGAACAGUACUGAAGAGGACCACCAGUGGCAACAAACUCAAGAAAGGCAUUUCUCUCUAAAAGGAGAGAACUUCACCCUUUACACCAUAUCUCUGAUGCCACUCUAUGAAAACGGCCCUGGAAGUGAAAUCAGACUUCAUACUUACGCUCAAGAAGGAGGGCCAGCUGUGGUGUCUAAUGUCCGCGCAGAGAGGAUUUGUGACAGGAAGGCUGAGAUCCACUGGCGGCCCAUUUCGUCCACUCAGUGCUGUGCAUUUGUUGUGAGCUACACAGUGUUUUAUAAAACACGAAAUGACAUAGCAGUUAGGAAUGUGACUGUGGACCAAAAGGAACACAGUGUCAUUUUGGAUGACCUGCAGCCCAAAACAAACUACAUUGUCUAUGUCCAGGCCAAUUCAAUGGCUGCUUCUUCAAAAAGCAGUUUUUACACAUUCUCAACAAAGCCAUAUGGCGAAGUCUUCCUUAUUACGCUGAUCGUGUGCGGUGUUGGACUGAUGUUGCUGCCUGUUUGUACUGUGUUUGUCUUGUUGAUACGAAAGGAAUACCUGAAUGAAAAGGUUCCUAACCCCCGAUUUAGUUCUCUGUCUAUAUGGUCUUCACAGAAAUGUAGAAAUCCCUGGAACCAAUUACCAAUGCCCUGGGGCUGCGACCCUGAGAAAAGUCUCACAUGUCAAGUGGAAGCCGAGGACUACAGCAUUUUAGCAACAAGUACAAGAGAUGUGGCUAAGCUGCAACAAAACACUGCUAUACAGGAAAUGACAACAACACAGACAGAAAACGCUGCUCUGGUCAGCUCUUCUAGUGAAACGGAACUGGCAUCUGAUGGCAAAGAGGAAAGAAUGAAGGCUUUGUCAGCAAUGGAUCUCGAGACACCACGCAUUCAUCCUGUCCUCCUCAGUCAAUCUCCUUACAAAAACCAGACUCCUCUGACCAGCCCUGUGGACUCACCCAGGAAAGGUUUGCAAGGAACCACAAAACCUCGUUCUGAGGAAACCGAGACACUGCUAAAACCAAAGAUCCACAAUGCAACCAUGGUUACCACCUACGUCACAGUGGACGUGUUCGAACAUGGUAAAAGCAAGUGAGGCGCACUUUGAAUGGUUUGAUGUAAUGGAUGGCAUUCUGGGGGGGGGGCAGCAUGGCUGGAACUAAACUCUGCAGAAAAGAUCUCCAGGAGGAGGCUUGGUAACCGCUGUUCUACACAAAACUAGCGGUCCUCUGAAACCCUGUGAUAGCUAUCUGCACUGUUUACUUAAAUAUAACUGAAUUUUCUAUGAUAGGCAAUCCUGGCUGUUGGCUCUGUGCCCCAGAAUUGUCAUUUAUAUGUAUCCGUCUCGGUGAGAAGGGAAAGGGCAUUUUAAUGAAUACAGCAUCUUACUGAGCUGUGCAACACUCUCUGAAGCACUUAUCCUAAUGUACCAAUGCACUUAAGGGCAAGAAGGAUGGUUUUGAUAAAUGGUUUUAUUUCUCAUAAGGUUAUUGAGUGAUAAGUUGAUAUCAGGAUUUGGAUACAUGUGAAAAGUCAUGCAUUAAAGGUGUCCUAAUAUGUCACAGA